AUGCCUGCAACCAUGCAUGAUGCAAAGCUAUACUUAGCUGGUGGUGCCAACACCAUGCAUGCAAAGCUAUACUUAGUUGAUGGUGGCAACAGUAACACCUUCCCUGCAAAAACUGAACUUCACAAAUCGUAUUUCAUUAUAUAUGGCAUUUCAUCUUCAGAGCAACAUUCAACACUCAAGCCAUAUCAGUUGUUCAUAGAUGAUGAAUUGGAUAACUUACUUCGCGAUGAACACAAUGAUGCUGAUCGAAUGACACAAUCAUCUCAGCAUGUCAUUCCAGAACUGUAUGAGCAAUACCACAACGGCUAUCAAUGGCGCUUGAGAGCAGGGUAUAGCAAAGUCUAUAAAUAUUGGGAAAUCAAAAAUAUUGAGGGCCAACAUACUUGUUUCUCAAACAUACUAUCUCAAGAUCAUAUAAGUCUUGAUAAUACUCACAUUGCCACAAUUGUAUCAAAUUCUGUCCGCACAAAUCCCUCUAUUCCCAUCAAAAGUUUGAUUACAGAUAUUAAAGCUCGAUUCGGCUAUUUUGUGUCAUACAGAAAAGCUUGGAUCGCCAAGCAAAAGGCUCUUUCUAUGGAGUUUGGUGAUUGGGAAGAGUUUUAUAACCAUCUCCCGAGGUGGUUGCAUGCGGUGAAGGAAGCAAACCCUGGUACAAUAUUACAGUGCACCGGUUCUCCAAUGGAGAUUGAUGGACAAACAGACAAUAAUUGUUACAUUAUGGAAAGAGUUUUUUGGUCUUUCGGUCCUUGCAUACAAGGAUUCAAAUAUUGUAAACCCAUUCUCCAAGUCGAUGGGACAUUUCUAACGGGAAAAUAUCAUGGAACUUUGCUCACCGACAUGGGUCGGGAUGGCUAUAGAAAUAUUUUUCCAGUGGCAUUUGCAAUUGUAGAAGGUGAGACAAAGGAGGCCAUGAUAUGGUUUUUUCAACUACUUCGAGAACAUGUUUGCCCUCAACAAAAUAUUUGCAUCAUCACUGACAGAGGAAAGGGUAUCUUAUCUGCCUCAAGAUUAGAAGAAGUUGGUUGGGAAGAAGAUGUUAACACAACUGUACAAAAUUACUACAUUGUUACAGCUUACAAGGUCAAGCAAAAUACUGUGACGACAAAGCUUACUGCACUAAGACACCAUUACCCACAACAAGUUGCUUGGAUAGAUAAAAUUCCAUUAAAGAAAUGGUCUCAAGCUUUUGAUGGAGGGAGAAGAUAUGGACAUAUGACCACUAAUCUUGUUGAGUGCGUGAACUCCGUUUUAAAGGGAGCACGUUCAUUACUAAUUUGUGCACUCAUCAGAACAACAUUUGAGAGGACACAAUCAUGGUUUCUUGAACGAGGACUAAAAGCACAGUACAUGCUACAAGCAGGCCACCAAUUUCCUGAAGAAAUCACCGAAAUUAUAAGGAAAAAUUAA